CAUUUUAACAAUUAAAAACCCUAAAUCAAAAAAUUGGGAUCACUUUGAACUAAACUUGCCGGAAAUAGCAAAAACUGGCCGGAAAACGCUGCCGGAGUUUAUCAUCGGCCGCCGGUAACAUUUAGAAAGUCCGUCAGGUCUGGCUUAUACCUCAGAUAGUUUAAUCAACCAAUUCUUUCUGUGGCAUAAAACAAUAGAGGGUUACUUUCUUUAUUUGCCGAAAAUGACAGAAAUCCUUAGCUAUACUGCUUACAGGCAGGUAUCUCAAAUGUUCCUUGCAGUAAUCUUCUUUCACGGUUCUGAAUAUUUUCUAGCCACCUUCAUUCAUGGGAGAGCGAAUGUAACUCUGAAUUCCCUUUUGAUUAGCAAACAAUAUAUUUUGGCAAUGAUAUUUUCAUUGCUAGAAUAUUUUAUUGAGGUUUCUUUAUUUCCUGAGCUAAAGGAACAUUGGGUGAUCAGUGAUUCAGGGUUGUUUUUGGUUGUGAUUGGUGAAGUUAUAAGAAAGAUGGCAAUUGUAACAGCAGGGCAAUCGUUUACUCAUAUGAUUAGGGUUCGUCCUGAUGAACGUCACCGACUGGUUACUCAUGGUAUAUAUAGAUUUAUUCGCCAUCCAGGAUAUUGUGGUUUCUUCAUUUGGUCUGUUAGCACUCAAAUAAUGCUCUGCAAUCCCAUAUCAACUAUUGGAUUUGCAGUUGUUGUCUGGAAAUUUUUUGCUAGCCGAAUACCUUAUGAGGAAUACUUUUUAAGACAGUUUUUCGGAAUAGAAUAUGUUGAAUAUGCCCAACAAGUUGUGUCUGGGGUGCCAUUUGUAAAUUGAAGACGAGUCAGUUCUGUGAGCUGAACCAUACUGCAAAGUAAUCAAUAAAGUUUGAACCCGUUUUUCCUCUAACCGCUUUGACAUGUGCUUUGCGUUGCUGGAGAUAUGAAGUGUUUGCUUUCAGCCUGUGGCUACGCCAACCCUUUCUGUCAUUGCAUGCAGCUAUGCUGGUUUUGGCCUCCAGAAAUUCAUUGUUGGGUAGAUGGUGGUUAAGUAUAAGUUUCAAGGUCUUGAUCAGAUUGCUGCAGAUUACUGAUAGGCAGAUAGCAAGCCGACUGAUUUUACUUCUGCCAAAGGUUCUCCGGUGCUUCUCAGUCAUGUCAUGACUAAUGAAAUGUAGCUUUGUUACUAUCCAGCUAGGGUUCUGUUUGUGUGCGUGAGUACAUCUAUGUGCAUUUUGUGAUGUAAUCUCUGCACUCCUGUAACCUAUCAUGACUUAUUCUGGAGGAAAAUUGCUAAAAUCAUGACUAGGGGAAGGUCACAAUAAUUUGUAGCCCCAUUACAUUUAAUAUAAAUAUCAUAAAUAUGUAGCUGUGUUUGGCUGAGUGUUUGCCAAACAUAAUUUUGAUUUUUGAA